AUGCGUGCUGUUACUACCUACGACCAGGGUCUAGGCAAACAUCCUACAUCUUUUGAUCUGGCAUAUAACAAAGCUCGCGUCCAAUAUGAAAUCACCCAACAUCCCAAGCUGGCCGCUCAAUUGGAGGCUCCCCUGCUCCAGGCCUUACAGGUCGCACUGCAAUCGCAUAAAGAUGCCUUGACAUUGGAUCAGGAGAAUGCAGACGUCCUGUUCAACACAGGCCAGGUGCUUACCAGUUUGGCCGAGGUCGUCUCUGAUAUCAAACAUCCCAGCGACCAGCAGCUCACGCAAGCUGUUCAAUGUCUCCAGGAGGCUCUCGAGCUCUUCCAACGUUGCUUCGCAGUACAGGAAGUUCGCUUCACAGAGACGCAGGAGGAGAUCAAGCAGAUGGAAUCUGGUGACAUGCAGGUCCCAGAUGUCCAGCCACAAUCGGAACCUGAACCGCAGCCGCAGUCCGAUGCUAAUGACGAGGCUGCUGAGGAUGCCCCAGAGCAAUGGGCCGCUGUGGUCGAGCCAGUGACUAAAGACAGCCUAGUCGAUACUGCAGUGGCGCAACUUGAGGCCCUCACUACCCUCUGCAACUUGCUAACUUUCAAUCCUGGUGAUGGCCUUCCUUGGGUUGAAGAGUAUUCUUCCGACCUUGUCCAGAACAGAAUGCCGGCGUAUGUGGAUGGUUCAAGCAGAGAGUAUGAGGCAACUAUGGCCCGCGCCAAAUUCAUUUGCGCCUUGACAGAGGUCAUGUACCGAAGUGGCCGAGUCGAGGUGGAGACAUAUCAUCAGGAGAUCACUCGUGUUUUCGGUCCUGAGUUGAAUCUGUCUGCCGAUCCAGAAGGUCUCUGCAGCAAAGCUGAUGCUCACAUGUCGUUCAACACUGCUGUUGCAGAUCUCCCUCCUACGCAUGAUCCAGAAGCAUUCAAGAAAUCCUUGGUCCUGCGAUGGAAAUCCCUAUCCACCGCUUUGGACUCUUUAACAGCAGCCUCCAAGUUGCCCGAUGCUGACAACCUCCCCAAGAUUCACAUUGCAAGAGGUGACGUGGAGAUGAACAGAUGGAGACUUGGAAUGGCACCAUGGGAGUAUGGAAUGGCUCAGCAAAACGGAUCCCUCCUUCUUCGAAACGCGCAGACAUACUAUCGAGGCGCAGCGGCUUUGGCCAGGCGAGAUGGAGCAGCGGAAGAGACACGCGAUGGGACGUGCAAAGAAGCCUUCGCGGCAGGCUUGGAGGGCCAAAAGGACAAGCUGAUGCAGCUCAGAAGGGCCGCACCAAAGGAGCUCGUGGCAGUGGCGGAGGACAUGGUGGAUGAUGGCUUAGCAAGCCCCAUGGAAUUAGAAGCUUUGCUGUCGUCAUAA